AUGUAUCUACAAUCGAGCCUUGGACUGGCUGGCACUGUCGUAACAACUCGAACUGUUCCUCCUACCGGUACUAUACCGGGUACAACUACUGUGCAGACCCCUACUGGGUAUAUUACCACAACCGAACCUUGGACUGGUACCUUGAUGACUACCGGUACUAUUCCUGCCACUGCCGAGGCUUGCACUGGUACUGUUGUAACAAUUCGAACUGUUCCUCCUACUGGUACGAUUCCGGGAACGAUUAUUGUACAGACUCCUACGGGAUAUUUUAUUACAAUCGAGCCUUGGUGGUCUGGCACUAUUGUAACAACUCGGACUGUUUCUCCAACAGGUACGAUUCCGGGAACGAUUAUUGUGCAAACACCUACAGGGCAUGUUACUACAACCGAGCCUUGGACUGAUACUGUUUUAACAACCCAAACUGUGCCUCCUAUUGGCACCGUUCCUGGAACGAUAAUCGUACAGACUCCAUUGGGAUACACUACUACAACUGAACCCUGGACUGGUGCUGUAACAAUUACCAAAACAGUUUCUCCUACUGGUGGUAUUCCCGGAACAAUAAUCGUGCAGACGCCACUAGCAUAUAUCCCUACAACACAAACUUGA